AACCCAAACCAAUCAGUGGAAAGUAGAACGAGUAACGACGCAUGGAUACCAACAAACAAGAGGCAGCACUUCACUUCUUCUGCAGUCCAAUCUGAGAGAGAGAGAGAGAGAGGAGUGUGUGGUGCUGGCAACUGGCAACAAAUCAACAAUAAUUGCUGUGUCUUUGCUUUCCAAAUUCCAAUCUUCCUUUACUAAACAUGAUUCUAUUUCAACAUUCUUCUGGUCAAUACCUGUAAUACUGAAUUAUUAUAAUCAGUAGUAAUAAUCAUAAAUCAAAGAUAGAGAGAGAGAGGAGAGAGGGAAAAGAAAAGAAAAGAAAAGAAAAAGAAAAAGGAAAUGCGAAAAACGUUAUAAAAAGUAACCAAAAAAGAAAGGAAGAAAAAAAAGCAAAGGGGACAGAAGGUUCGGUUCAACAUUUGCUGUCAUACCUUAUUGCCAGCUACCUCUCUCUCACACUUCUUCUCCUUCAACGCUCUUCAUUACAUAGUCCUUUCCUUAUUCUCUCAGUUGGCAUAUUUGGUGUGAGACGAAAGCAAGCAUCCUUUGCUGAGAUGGACAAUUUUCAUUUGCUAAUUGAUUAUCGUGGACUUUGUGUCAUUGGUUGAUGCCAAGUAGAGAUGAGCUUCUUAUUUUUGGUUCUGUUAUUGGGUUGCUUAUGUUCAUUUGUGCUACCUGAUGCUCAAGGAGACGCUCUAUAUGCGUUGAAGCUAUCACUGAAUGCUUCAUCUAACCAGCUUACUGAUUGGAAUGUAAAUCAAGUGAACCCUUGUACUUGGUCGCGUGUUAACUGUGACCAGAGCAACAAUGUCAUUCAAGUUUCGCUAGCAUUAAUGGGACUCACAGGAACCUUGACCCCAAGAAUAGGAGUUCUAAAAAAUCUUACUGCUCUUUCUUUGCAAGGGAAUGCCAUCACAGGAAACAUACCAAAAGAAUUAGGAAAUCUGACAAACUUGGGCAGGUUGGAUUUGGAAAAUAACAGAUUAACUGGCCAAAUACCAUCUUCCCUUGGCAAUCUAAAUAAGCUCCAAUUCUUGACACUAAGUCAAAACAAUCUCAAUGGCACUAUACCAGAGUCACUUGGCAAUCUCCCAAGCUUGAUCAAUGUCAUGUUAAAUUCAAAUGAUCUUAGUGGUGAAAUCCCGGAGCAGUUGUUCAAAGUAACUAAGUACAAUUUCUCUGGAAAUAAAUUGAAUUGUGGCGUGAAUUAUCCUCAUCCUUGUGCAUCUAGUAAUACAGACCAAGGUUCACCACAUAAAGUGAAAGUUGGACUCAUUGUUGGAAUUAUUAUGGGGUUAAUUGUUAUUCUUUUCCUUGUUGGCCUUCUAUACUUUUGGUGCAAAAAUAAACACAAGGGUUACAAGCGUGAAAUUUUUGUUGAUGUUGCAGGUGAAGUUGACCGACGAAUUGCAUUUGGUCAACUAAAGAGAUUUGCAUGGAGAGAACUACAGAUAGCAACAGACAACUUCAGUGAGAAAAAUGUUUUAGGACAAGGAGGAUUUGGAAAGGUUUACAAAGGUGUUCUUGCUGAUAACACAAAAGUUGCUGUGAAAAGGUUAACUGAUUAUGAAAGCCCUGGGGGAGAUGCAGCUUUCCAGCGUGAAGUUGAAAUGAUAAGUGUAGCUGUUCAUCGGAACCUGUUACGAUUGAUUGGGUUUUGCACAACUCCAACUGAACGCCUGUUAGUUUAUCCCUUCAUGCAAAAUUUGAGUGUCGCCUAUCGUCUACGAGAACUUAAGCCUGGGGAACCUGUUUUAGACUGGCCUACAAGAAAAAGAGUGGCUCUGGGAACAGCUCGUGGCCUUGAAUAUCUUCAUGAGCAUUGCAAUCCCAAAAUUAUUCAUCGAGAUGUGAAGGCAGCUAAUGUAUUACUUGAUGAAGAUUUUGAGGCAGUUGUUGGCGACUUCGGUUUGGCAAAGUUAGUUGAUGUCCGCAAGACUAAUGUGACAACUCAAGUUCGUGGGACAAUGGGACAUAUAGCUCCUGAAUACUUGUCCACUGGAAAGUCGUCAGAGAGGACUGAUGUUUUUGGCUAUGGGAUUAUGCUUUUGGAGCUGGUUACAGGUCAAAGAGCAAUUGACUUCUCACGAUUGGAAGAGGAAGAUGAUGUGCUAUUGCUUGACCAUGUUAAGAAAUUAGAACGGGAGAAGAGACUAGAUGCUAUUGUUGACCGCAACCUAAAUAAAAAUUACAAUAUACAAGAGGUAGAAAUGAUGAUACAAGUUGCAUUGCUCUGCACACAAGCAACACCAGAGGAUCGGCCACUGAUGUCCGAGGUUGUAAGAAUGCUAGAAGGAGAAGGUUUGGCUGAAAGGUGGGAGGAAUGGCAGCAUGUGGAAGUCAAUCGGAGGCAAGAAUAUGAGAGAUUACAAAGAAGAUUCGACUGGGGUGAAGAUUCAGUCUACAAUCAAGAUGCCAUUGAGUUGUCUGGUGGGAGAUAAAAUCCAUAAACUGAACCAGUUAUGUUGUAUCAAUAUAUACCUUUUUUGGUAGGUUAGCUCAAAAAGAUGUGUUGCUAUUGCUCUAAAGCUGUUAAGAAGUUAAAAGGAAGUAACUAUUUAUGCAUUUUCCUAUGAUGCUUGUGGACUGAGGUUUCAUAAAAAAGAAAUCCAUUUAGAAAACUUGAUAGUUUUAAGGUUGGUGAUUUUCUCUGUGAAUCCCAAAAUCUUCCUAGUGCAGUAGCGGCUUUUGCUUGUAGAUUGACUCAGAAUUCAGAACCUCCGUCAAGAGCUGAUGCUUCAGUAGCCUCCAACCUUAAGGCUCCAUAUUAGCUGCGAAGUGGUGUAAAUUUUUUAGCUUAGUUUUUUUGGAACAAAACAUUGUUUGGCUGUAUUUCUUAAAGGCCAAAUCUCUGCAUGAAUUGGUUCCAUUUGCAAUUUAUUAAUGGAUCUAUUUUACUUUAUUGUAAGUGAUUGUUUGAAAGGUAUAUACUGCAGCAAUGCCAUUACUCAUUCAAUGUCUGUCAUCUUUUUGUUA